GGGCAGGCUCGGGCAGCUCCCCCGCUGCCCGCGUGAUUCGACUUGAGAAAUAACCAGGAGGGGCGGCCCGGCGUCUGCCGCGUCCAAUCCCGUCUCAGGAGCGAACACGCUCCCGGGCAGGCAAGCCUGACAGAUCCCAGGGGACUUGGAGAGGAGCGGCAGCGAGGCACGCCCGCACCGCGCGCGCCGCUGCACCUCCGCCCGCUCCGGUCUCUGGCCUCCCGCCCGGCGCCCGCGGCCCCUCCUGCCUCGCGGCCCCUUUCCCGCCCCCCGAUGGCCGCCGCCGAGCGUCCGAUCCCCCUGCGCGGAGCCCUCUCCGGGCUGCUGCUGACCCUCGUGGUCUUCAGUUUUGCCUGUGAAGCCUGCAAAAAUGUGACAUUUAAUAUACCUUCCAAACUAGAGGCAGACAAAAUAGUUGGCAGAGUUAAUUUGAAAGAGUGCCUCAGGUCUGCAGACCUCAUCCGGUCAGGUGACCCUGAUUUCAGAGUUCUAGAUGAUGGAUCAGUAUACACAACUAGCACCGUGGUGUUGUCUGAUGAGAAAAGAUCAUUCACCAUAUGGCUUUCUGACUCCAGGACACAGGCACAGAAAGAGAUUAAGGUGCUCCUGGAACAUCAGAAGAAGGUGCUGAGGAAAAGACAUGCUAAAGAAGCUGUUCUCAGGCGUUCCAAGAGGAGAUGGGCCCCUAUUCCCUGUUCAAUGCAAGAGAAUUCACUGGGCCCGUUCCCUUUGUUUCUUCAACAAGUUCAAUCUGAUGCAGCACAGAACUAUACCAUUUUCUACUCAAUAAGUGGGCAUGGAGUUGACCAAGAACCUUUAAAUUUGUUUUUCAUAGAAAGAGACACUGGAAAUCUGUAUUGUACCCGGCCUGUGGAUCGUGAAGAAUACGAAGUUUUUGACUUGAUUGCCUAUGCCUCAACUGCAGAUGGGUAUUCAGCAGACAUGCCUCUUCCACUGCCCAUCAGAGUGGAGGAUGAAAAUGACAACCACCCUAUUUUCACAGAAGCUAUUUAUAAUUUUGAAGUUCCAGAAAGUAGCAGACUUGGUACUACAGUGGGAGUGGUUUGUGCCACAGACAAAGAUGAACCGGAUACGAUGCACACACGCCUGAAGUAUAGCAUUUUGGAGCAGACCCCGAAGUCCCCGGGGAUCUUCUCUGUGCAUCCGACCACAGGUGUCAUCACCACAGUCGCUCAUUAUUUGGACAGAGAGACUGUAGAUAAGUACUCACUGAUAAUGAAAGUACAAGACAUGGAUGGUCAAUUAUUUGGAUUGAUGAGUACAUCAACUUGCAUCAUAACAGUUAAAGAUUCAAAUGACAAUGCACCCACUUUCAAACAAAAUACUUAUGAAGCAUCAGUAGAGGAAAAUGCAUACAAUGUGGAGAUCUUACGCAUAUCUAUAGAAGAUAAGGAUUUAAUUAACACUGCCAACUGGAGAGCCAAUUUUACCAUUUUGAAGGGGAAUGAGAAUGGACAUUUCAAAAUCAGCACAGACAAAGAGACUAAUGAAGGUGUUUUGUACGUUGUAAAGCCGCUGAAUUAUGAAGAAAACCACCAAGUGACCCUGGAAAUUGGAGUAAGCAAUGAAGCUCCAUUUACUCGAGAUUUUGCACUCAGAACAACCAUGAACAGAGCCUUGGUCACAGUUCACGUGAGGGAUCAGGAUGAAGGACCCGAAUGUAGCCCUGCAGCCCAGUACGUACGGAUUCAAGAACACUCAGCAGUGGGGUCAAAGGUCAAUGGUUAUAAGGCAUAUGACCCUGAAACUAGAAGUGCCAGUGGCAUAAGGUACAAAAAAUUGCAUGAUCCUAAAGGAUGGAUCACCAUUGAUGAGAUUUCAGGGUCAAUCACAACUUCCAAAAUCCUGGACCGGGAGGCCAUGACUCCCAGAAAUGACUUAUAUAAUAUAACAGUCCUGGCAAUAGACCAAGAUGGUAGAUCGUGUACUGGCACACUUGCGGUUAACAUUGAAGAUAUGAAUGAUAACCCACCAGAAAUACUUCAAAGUUAUGUAACAAUUUGCAAACCAAAGAUGAGGUAUACUGACAUUUCAGCUGUCGAUCCCGAUGAACCUAUCCAUGGCCCUCCAUUUUAUUUCAGCUUGGCAGACACUUCUCCAGAAAUGAACAGAAUGUGGACCCUCACCAAAGUUAAUGAUACAGCUGCCCGUCUUUCAUAUCAGAAAAAUGCUGAAUUUCAGGAAUACAGUGUUCCUAUUACUGUAAAAGAUAGAGAAGGUCAAUCUGCAACAAAAACCGUGAGAGUUAAUCUGUGUGAUUGUACUCAUCCAAGUCAAUGUCUGCCGACCCGAAGGAGCGCUGGAGUAAUACUCGGAAAAUGGGCGAUCCUGGCCAUACUGCUGGGCAUAGCAUUACUAUUUUCUGUAUUGCUAACUUUGGUAUGUGGAGUUUUUGGUGCCAAAAAAAGAAAAGGUUUUCCUGAAGAUUUAGCACAGCAAAACUUAAUCAUAUCAAACACAGAAGCACCUGGAGAUGAUAAGGUGUGUUCUGCCAAUGGGUUUAUGACCCAGACAGUCAAUAACUCUGGCCAAGGCUUUUGCGGUACCAUGGGAUCAGGAAUGAAGAAUGGAGGGCAGGAGACCAUUGAAAUGGUGAAAGGCGGACACCAGACCCUGGAAUCGUGCCGGGGGACGGGGCAUCAUCACACCCUGGAUUCCUGCAGGGGAGGACACGUGGAGACGGACAACUGCAGACACACCUACUCCGAGUGGCAUAAUUUCACCCAGCCCCGCCUUGGUGAAAAAUUGCAUCUGUGUAAUCAGAAUGAAAACCACGUGCCAUCUCAAGAUUAUGUCCUUACGUAUAACUAUGAAGGAAAGGGAUCUCCAGCUGGUUCUGUAGGGUGCUGCAGCGAAAAACAGGAAGAAGAUGGCCUUGACUUUUUAAAUAAUUUGGGAGCCAAAUUUACUACAUUAGCAGAAACAUGCACAAAGAGAUAAUGUUAAUGUGCUACAAUGAGAUGUGUUUUUGCCAGACAUUCUGGAAGUUUCCAAAAGGGAUAUUUAAAGUUCAAUUUCAAUUGCUGAUAUAUACAUAUAUGUAUGUAUAUAUAUAUAUAUAUACAUACAUAUAUGUAUAUAUUUAGCUAAAUAUAUAUUAGAAUUUCAAUUUCUAAUAUAUAUAGAUAUGUGUUUUUAACAUAUAUAUUAGAAAAAUAGAUAUGAAGUUUUCUAAAUUUUUAAUUGUACUAUUUACCAAUUUGUAGUUUUAUAGCAAUUUGUUGCUUAUCUUUUCCAAGAAGUUUGAAAUGUUAAAACGUAUUUUGCCUUCUUUAUUGCAAAAUAAAUAGACAGCUAGCAAAAUCAUGCUGUAACAUUGGAUUUAAGGUCUAUAAAGGAUCUGCUAUUCUUUAUAGAUAGCUUUCCAACAAAUGUGUUUAGUUAAUAUCAGUCCAGUGAUAACUAUGCUGUACUUGAUUGAAUAUAGAACAGCUACUGGGCUAGAAAUUCUGUUCUUAUUCCAGAUUUAAGUUAAUAGGAUUAUAUCAAACAUUAUGGUAAACUGUACUGCAAUUUUUAGCUCUUUAAAAAUUUUGUACCACUGAGUUAGUAGCUCCAAAGACCACUAGAAUUUCAUUUUCCUUCUGGUUGGCAACUAGAUCAUGAAGGGCAGUUAGUUCUGUCUGCUUGGUUACCCUAAUAAGGUCUUAAAAAAUACAUAGCCACCAUGUUAAACUACAACAGGAAAUUGUAGACUGAAAAAUUGUGUUGUUUUUAUGCUUUUGAGUGUGUGCUUUAUGGUUUGGAGAAGGAUUAUUAUGAGGAAUAUAUCUAAGUUUCCUUAUUCUCAAGAAAGAGAACUAUGUUCACUA